AACAUGGCCGCGUGGAAACCAAUGAUGCGUCUGUCAAAAGCAAUUUUUACCUUUCCCCUUGUUUUAUUGUUGUAACACCAAGAUACAUAAAGUUGCAGGUAUUUUAUAACUGAAGAUGCAGCAAACAAAUUAAUGAGAUCAAGUGUUCAGAAUUCCCAUGUCCUUUCAAAGACGGAGAAGCAGAGGCCACCCCACCCAGCCAGAGAUCCCCGAUGCAGCACAGAUAAGAAAAUUUCAACGUACUGUGCCCUGUUCUCAGCCACAGUCUACAAAAACGAACGAGUUGUUAAAGAUGGUACAACCAGGUCAUCACCAUGGUUACCAGCCAGCUCCUCCCCAUCGUCCUCCUUCAGCACGAUCAACCAGUCGCAGAGCUUCCCAGUUUCGACCUCCAAGCCGAGAGAAAACUAGCUACAACUUGUAUGAAUCUCGUUUAUCCCAAGGAAGUUCUACUGACAACCCUUCCAGAGAUGUAUAUUCCAGAGCAUCUUCAGUGUCUGUAUCACGACCAUCAUCUUCCUUGUCAAAAUACAACCCUUUGCCCCCUAUUGGCUACCGGACUGUUCAUCAGUUUGAAACGGACAUUGGGGACACAACAGAUCUUAGUAACUCAUUCCGCAAACUCAGUGUGGACAUUUGUGUGCCUUCAGGCGAGGACUCAUCUGAGGCAUGUUAUUCAGCAGGCUACAAUAAAUCAACAGAUUUUACUAGGCAGACCUUAGUGACUCAGGGAAGAAGGGAGACAACCUCAACCAUUCAGACAAGACAGAAGACAACUCUUGGUGAAAAGUCUUCGCAUGUAAACCGGGUUAUGUCUCCCAACAGGACAGAAAAAGAGGAGAAUGGGAAUGUCACUGCUGAGAAUCUUACGCUGGAUAUACUGUCACCAGGGAGGUCAGAUGACAGACCGGAAAAACUAACGAUUGCUCUAAAGCUUCCAGAUGGACGGAGGUUCCAGCAGUGUUUUCCAGUCGCAUCUUCCCUGCAGUCAGUGCUACAGUUUGUAGAAACUGAGAGUGGACUAAACUUUAAUGGAUUCAGUUUGAUUCAGAAUUCCCCAAAGCGAAUAUUCAAUGACUUGUCGCAGACUUUAGUGGACUGUCAGCUGGAGGAUCGUACAUUACUGUAUAUAGACAAAGAUGACUAGUCCUAUCUUGUGGUAGUGGUGUACUGCUGGUACAAAUGAGGUCAGAGGCAUCUGCAUUUAGAAGUAUGUGCAGAUGAACACUGGCUGAUGACUGGGAGAUGUAACAAUAUAAACUGGAAGAGGAAACUACAAGAGGUAAUAUUUCUGUUUUUUGACACAGCUGGCAAUUUUCCCCUGCACAUAUUCAGGUGUGUAGUGGUAGUGUGGUACUUGGUCCUUGCCACAGGUGUGUCAGUUGUUAUGCCGUUAACUUUUGUUGUGCACGAUAAUCCUUGGCCAAUACAGUGCCAUUUUACGUACAACUUAAUUUUGAAGAAGUGGUCCCAGAUGAUUAUAUUACAGUUACAAGAAACUCAGGUGUCCACAACCACAUGUGAUACAGAUGGCUGCAACAGAAUGUGGUAAAAUGUCCACGAUUGUGUGAUACAUGUCCACAAUUGUGUGCGAUACAGAUGUCCACAACUGUGUGUGAUACAGAUGUCCACAACUGUGUGUGAUACAGAUGUCCACAAUAACAGAUGCAGAUGACCAGUUGUGUGUGAUACAGACAUCUGCAACAGCAUGUGAUAUAGAUAUCCACAACAGCAUGCGGUAAAACGUGCACAGGUGUGAUACAGAUGUCCACAACCAUAUGUGAUGAGAUAUCCACAACCAUAUGUGAUGCAGAUGUCCACAACCAUAUGUGAUGCAGAUGUCCACAACCAUGUGAUGCAGAUAUCCACAACUGUGCCAGAGGCCUGCAACAAUGUGAUACAGAUGUCCACAACAGCAUGAUGUGAUACAGAUGUUCACAACAGCAUAUGAUACAAAUGUUCACAACAACAUGUGAAACGAAUGUCCACAUUGGUGUGCAAUACAGAUGUCCACAGUCGUAUGUGAUACAGAUUUCCACAGUAGUAUUUGACACAAAUGUCUAUAAAAGCAUGUGGUGCAGUGUGUGAUACAGAUGUCCACAACAGCAUGAUGUGAUACAGAUAUUCACAACCACAUGUGAUACAGGUGUCCACAACAGCUUGUGAAACCAAUGUCCACAAUGGUGUUUAGAUAUCCACUACAUCAUGUGAUAGGGAUGUCCACAACAGCAUGUGAUGAAGAUGUCCACUACCAUGCGUGAUACACAUCAUGUGAAAUAAAUGUCCACAUUGGUGUGAUACAGAUGUCCAAAGCAGCAUAUGAUUCAGAUGUCCACAGUGAUGUUGUGAUGCAGAUGUCCACUAUGUGAUACUUGGCUGCACUUACAUGUAUGUGUUAGAAUAACUCAUGAUAUGGAUGGUUUCCUGAAUGUUGAGCAAAUCUUAGAGGGCAUUUAAUAUUUGUCAACGUGUUUGAUUUUCCACUGAGUGUUGAUUUUAAUUAUGAGAAAAAUGAGAAAAUUGUAGAUACUAGCCACACAGUAUAUAUUUGUAAAUAAAUAUGUAUUUGUAAAUAUAGACUCAGUAACAUUCAAACAUCAGUAUACCUACACUGACUGUAUCACUGAUGCUUUAAAUAGCUAGUGAGGCUUUCAUAGAUGGCUUUAUCUGCUUGCAGCAAGUACAUGUACACAUGGAAAUCCAUAACAUUAUUUCUAAGUAAACCUGUCUACUUUCA